UGGACACGCUGCAGCUGGAGCUGGAGGCAGCGCGAUCAGACAGAGCGAGUCUUUGUCACGAGUCUCAGAUGGUCAUGACGAACGUCAGCCAGUGGAUUUCUGAACAGAAGGCUUCUAAUGAAAGUCUCGCUGCCCAGAUGAAGGCCCAGAGCAAGCUGCUUCUCAUUGCCACUGAAGAGAGGGAACAUCUUCAGGAGACUAAUGACACACUGAAGGCGGAGGUAGAGAGACUGAAGGGAGCGCUGGAUGAGAAGGACAGAGACGUGGAGGGAUUCAAGGCCCAGAUCCGGCACCAGAGCAUGCGGCUCGACAGGAGAACCGCGGAAAAUCAAGGUUGUGUGGCUUUAAACCUCAGCAAAAUCGAGGACAUGCAGACCAGAAUGCGAAGCAACCUGGAGGCCAUUGGGAUGUUAAAUCAACAAUUAAACACCCUCAGCCAGGAAAAUGAGCAGCUGCGUAGGCAGCUGGAUGAAGAAAGGUGCAUGCGCAGACAAAUGGAGCGGCUUCUCCCUCCCACCUCCCAGCACUGCUCCACCCACCUCCCCGUCUCCCCCGGUGCCCACCCACCGCCUGAGUGCGCCUCCCUCCCUCCGCUCCCUCACCUGCCUCACCCACUGAGCUCGACUUGGGUGACGGGGGACACGAGCUCGGCCGAGUGGAGCUGACGUCGACCGGGUGAGUCCCAGCGUUUGGACGACGGCGCCUCUUUGCUCCUCUGGAAGACAUUUGGUCUGGGAGGACAAGCAGGGAUCUGACCAAAUGAAGCCCACUGAAGACUUUGACCUGUCGCGACCUUUUGACCUCCAGCUCCUCGCUAGGGAGAUUCCGCGGUAUGAGGUUAAUGUCCUGCAGGUCAAAGUCAAUGCUCAGCACCUGAGGGGAGCACCAAAAGCAGUGAAUACUGCAAUUUAGCUUAAAAAAUAUCUUUACGACUGCAGCACGGAGAUGUUUGUUCUGCCAUGAAGGCAAAGCAGAAGGAAGCAAAACAUCACUGAAAAAUAAAUAUUUUUAAAUGUACUAAGCAUAAAAAUAGUAAUUCCUAUCACACAGCCUGCACCGUGUGCAUCUUUACUGCUGUAAUGAUUUGCCCACCUGCAUGUGAGCCACUGUUCACCCAACUUUCAGCCCGCAGGACAUGUAUUUGGGUGAAAUUCACCGACCGUAUACACUCCCUCAAAGAAUGAACGUUUCCAGUCAGAAUCACAGACUGGGGAUCAGAUUCAACAUUUGAAUUCAGAGGAAGUACAAGGAACCAGUGACAUUCAAACGGAGGACAGAGGUGCUCGACUCAGACACUUUGAAGAUGAAAACUUUGUUAAACUCUAUUCAAAGCAGCAACUCUGCCACUGGAUCGAAGGUGACUUCAACCAAGCCCAGUUCAACGGCACCACGAGUCUUUACAGACGGACAGCUGCCCUUUAUAAAACCUAGACUCGACUGGCAAAGCCCGAACCAUCAAACAUUCUCAAGCUUGUAUUGACGAUGUGUGAACCACGGCCGUCUCCUCCUUUACAGUCCUCUAAAACAUCACAACGCAGAAGCACUUCCCCCGAACAGCCGACUCCAGGUUGGACUCCUCCGCUUGCGCUGCAGCUGUGCACCAUGUGUCCUGCAUCCACUCAGUGUACUGAGUACAUUCAUGUGGGUGAGCGUGCGCUUCUGUUUGUUGGCUGUUCGAGGUAUUUAGAGUCGGGUUUUAUACUGUUAUGCUGUGGUGUUGCCUUUUAGUAAGUGAAAAACAAGCAUGUCAUUAAGCAAACAUUUCUUUCUGUUUUGUGUUUUUAUAUAUGCAAUAAAAGAAUUUAUUCUGCAA